GCGUUCUCGCACAGAAAUACAGAAGAAUCAUCGAACGCGCUCCUACGGGCUCAUCCUCUUCAAAAUCUGCCAACAUGUUCAAACACUUAGUUCUGAUCGCGCUAAUUGGCUUGGCCUGGUCCGCCCCAGCACCUGCACCCAAACCAGCACCAGCACCGAAACCUCUCUCGGUGAUAUCAGACAUCAAAACACCAGCAUCCACCGCUAAAUUGACACCUCUUGUCGCACCGAUCGCUACGCCUCUAAUUUCAUCGAUUUCUCGCGUAGCUCUCCUACCCCAAUUGACACCGUACGCCUACGCUUAUCCGGCAGCACUUGCCCCUGUGGAAAUAGCCGCAGCACCUUCCACUUACUCUAUCGAACAGCACGGAUAUCACAUUACCUACUGAUUCUUUCAUCGCCACCUUGAGUAUUGACCUAAGUUUAGCAUGAACACUACAGAGAACUACCUUACCUUUCACUGAUAAUCGUCAUGUAUCGCGUAUUGAUAAAGUCAUUCGCGCAGAACAAAUAUUAGCAAAAAAACACAAAAAAAUUAAAUUGUGACAUUUUUUAUUUGACAUUAUUUAAUAGCCAUUAUUAUCCGAUUGAAAUUCCUUUGAUAACUCCUCGCUACGAUCUUCGUCGUCCUUACAGUAGAAAUAUCCUUCAUUGUCAUAUAUAUAUAUAUUCUUCUCCCUUUUUUAAACUUG